AUGUUCGGCGCACUAAACCGUUUUAUGAGCCGGUUGGACGGUGAACCCAUCCAGCAGCCUCGGAGCGGACCGAAUGACAAUGCUUUUGGAUUCCAAGUCCUCCGCAACAAAGACGCCGAGAUACCCUUGGAGCCAUGGUUUGAUUUUAUCGUUGGAAUUAAUGGCCAUACAAUUGAAGAUCCGGACCCGAACCUCUUUGCGACGGAGGUCCGCAAUUGCGCCGGUUCGAGCGUGACACUGGAAGUCUGGAGCGCGAAGGGCCAACGAACGCAUACCGUCAGUAUUCCCGUACCCGCAACGAACCCAUCCCUCGGCGUUGCACUACAACUUGCCCCCCUUUCAUCCACACAACACAUCUGGCAUGUCCUCGGAAUCCCCUCACCUCUAAGCCCAGCCUACCGUGCAGGGCUGCUCCCGCACUCAGAUUAUAUUAUUGGCACACCAAGUGGGACUUUACGAGGGGAAUCAGCCCUUGGCGAAUUGGUGGAAGACCACCUCAACCGCACCCUGAUCUUGUGGGUUUACAAUAGCGAGUUCGAUGUUGUGCGCGAAGUCGAACUAGUUCCUACUCGUGGCUGGGGCGGGGAGGGUGCCGUUGGCGCGGAACUAGGGUACGGUGCAUUGCACCGACUCCCCGUGGGUCUAGGAGAAGAGGUGGAAGGACCGGGCGAGAUCGUCUUUGACACGCGUGAGGGUGGUUCUGCUGCACCUGUCCCAGGUACAAAUGGUGCUGGUGCACCUGGAGACUUCCUAGUGCCGGCAAACAUGGUUUCCCCUCCACCGCUCGUCUCACAAACCAGAGUGACUUCUCCCCCGGACAGCCGUUCACCAGCAAGUCGCCGCGGGGCGAAGGCGCGCUCUGGAGUGUCACCAAACAGAGCGUUCGAUGAUUAUUUCGCCGAGGGAGAACUCAAGAGUAAGGAGCAGGAUUAUGCGCCAUCACGGAAAGGCACACCUCUCCCUCCUCCGCCUAAAGCCGGGUUCCCACCGGCCGAUUCGGGGACUCCAGACGCUGCUACAGAGGUAGUGGAAGGUGCACCAGGGCCGACGCAAGAAGAAUAA